AACUAAGUACCCUUUAUUUGUCUAUUACAUCCAAUCAACUUUUGAUAGAAUCGGUUGUAUUGAGAGAGAGGCCAGUCCUCAAAAAGAGCUUGGAAAUGUUGUCACGCUCGAAACCGCUCCCCUACAUCUGCGCCCGCUGUUCCCGCCAGAUCCGCCAUGUCCGCACCUAUACCUCCUCGACCGCCUCCCUCGAACCGCCUCGCGAGUAUCUCCCCUUCGGCCGCUCUCCUCUCCCCCAUCGACGUCUCCUCUACAUCGCCGGCCGCGACGCCCCCGUCUUCCUCCACAACCUCGUCACCAGCAACGUCAUCGCCUCCUCACCGCACGGCACCUACACCGCAUUCCUCAAUGCUCCCGGCCGCAUCCUCUACGACGCCUUCAUCUAUCCCGUCGCUUGGUCACACACCUUCCACGCCUGGCGCGACGAGAAGCUCGGAACUACGAGCGGGGUCACGAAGGGUGGCGACCGGCUCGACUGGGCCGCCUUCAUCGAGGUGGACGCCCAGGUCCUGCCAGGGCUGAUGCAGCACAUCAAGCGCUACAAGCUCCGCAGCAAGUUCGCCUACCGCGAAGUUGACCCCGGUGACUGGGAGAUCUGGUCCAGCUGGGACGCCGCGGAGCCUGGCGUCGACAUUCCCGCCACGUCGCCCGGCAUCGAAGCAUCCGCCGUCGCCAACGAAGGCGGCGGCGCGGCACACACGCAUAUCCCAUCCACCCCACCCCCGAAUCUAGCCCCUGACGCCCCGAUCACCCUCCACGACCCCCGCCCCACACUCACCACCCGCCUCCUCCACCGCACCACCACCGCGCUUCCCCCCCCGCUCACCGCGCUUCCCGCCGCCACCCCUGCGCACUACGCGCUCCACCGGUACCUGCACGGCCUCCCCGAAGGCGCGGGGGAGAUUGCGGCGGGCUCGGCGCUACCGCACGAGCAUAACCUGGAUCUCCUAGGCGCGGUGGAUUUUCGGAAGGGGUGCUAUGUGGGCCAGGAGCUGACGAUCCGCACGCAGCAUACAGGGGUGAUAAGGAAGCGGAUUUUGCCGUGUGCGUUGUACGAGGGAUCGUCGGUGCCGGAGACGCUGAGAUAUGAGCCGUCAGUAAAGAUCCCGGUGCCGCCGGGCGGGGCGGAUAUCAAGCCGGUGGAAGGGCGGGGGCGGAGCGGGGGGAAAUGGGCGGUGGGAAUGGGGAAUGUGGGGUUGGGACUGUGUCGGUUGGAGUUGAUGACGGAUGUGCGGGUGACGGUAGAGGGGCCGGCGGGUUGGAAGGAGGGGAAGGAGUUUGGGAUGAUUUGGGAGGGGGAUGGGGGGAUGGAGCGGGUGAAGAUUAAGGGGUUCGUGCCGGCGUGGAUGAGGGAGAGAUUGACGGUGCGGAAGACGCAGAAGAGGGUAGAGUGAGGAGGGGUUGAAUAAAUGGGAAAAGCCAGCGAUGGACGGUUGCGAGCCACUAGAAGCGGAUCAAGCCAUCACAUUUAAUGAUACAUUCUUCCACACUCAAUACCUAUUCCACAAAUCUGUCCAUGGCUUAUUUACAAGCCUCCACAUGUCGCCGAGUGAAACACAUGCUAGUCCCUCGCUAGAACCCCGCUGCAUCGUUCGCAAAGCACCACUGGGUAUGAUAAAGCAGUCGUGACCCAUAUCGCCGUCCCUAUCCACCAUCUCUCAUACCCCUCCAGGAGCGCUC